AUGCCGGCCGGGCUCUCCUGGCCCGAGGCGGCGGCGCUGGGGCUGCUGGCCCCGGCUCUGCUGGUCACUCUGUGCCGGCACCUGUGGGCGCUGCGCUGGAGCCUCAGCCGGGACCGCGCCAGCGCCCUGCCCCUGCCCAAGGGCUCCAUGGGCUGGCCCUUCUUCGGGGAGACUCUGCACUGGCUGCUCCAGGGCUCCCGUUUCCACAGCUCUCGGCGGGAGAGGUACGGAAAUGUCUUCAAGACCCACCUCCUGGGCCGCCCGGUGGUGCGGGUGACAGGAGCUGAGAACAUCCGCAAGAUCCUGCUGGGUGAGCACACGCUGGUCAGCACGCAGUGGCCCCAAAGCACCCAGAUCAUCCUGGGCUCCCACACUCUGCUCAGUUCCACCGGUGACCUGCACCGCCAGCGUCGCAAGAUCCUGGCCAGAGUCUUCAGCCGCGCCGCCCUGGAGAGCUACCUGCCGCGGAUUCAGAAGGUUGUGAGCUGGGAGCUGCGGGGCUGGUGCAUGGAGCCAGGCUCUAUCGCAGUUUAUUCCUCCGCUAAAACCUUAACUUUCCGCAUUGCAGCUCGGAUUCUGCUGGGGCUCCGCCUGGAGGAAAAGCAAUUCAAGGAUCUGGCCAAAACUUUUGAACAGCUGGUGGAGAACCUCUUCUCCCUGCCCCUCAACAUACCCUUCAGUGGGCUGCGCAAGGGAAUCAAAGCACGGGACAUGCUACAUAAGUUUAUGGAGAAGGCUAUACAGGAAAAACUGCAGAGAAACAACCCCGAAGACCACAGUGAUGCUCUGGAUUUCAUAAUGAACAGUGCCAAGGAGCACGGCAAAGAAUUCACCAUCCAGGAGCUAAAGGAAUCAGCAAUUGAGCUCAUAUUUGCUGCUUUUUUCACCACGGCUAGCGCUAGCACCUCUCUGAUCCUCCUGCUAUUGAAGCACCCCUCAGUGAUUGAAAAAAUAAGGCAGGAGCUGAUGUCCCAUGAGUUGUACCAGCAGAGUCAGUGCUGCCCUGCAGGACCCUGCCUGGACACACUAACCAUCCAGAGCAGGGACAGAGAGAAACCACUUUCCUCCUCCAUGGCCAAAGAUAUUCACAAGGACCAGAGCCAGUCCCCGGCCCCAGUGGAGGAAGAUUCCCUCCAGCCCCGUGCCCUGCUGGAGCCCACUGUCCCCCGGAGCAGCCCCUGCACUGGCCCCCAGCUCCUGGCAUCAGCAGGACAAAGCUGUCACUGCACCUCAGACAUCAGCCUGGAGAAGCUGAGCCGCCUGCGCUACCUGGACUGUGUGAUCAAGGAGGUGCUGCGGGUGCUGCCCCCAGUCUCCGGAGGUUACAGGACGGCACUGCAGACUUUUGAGCUCGAUGGCUACCAGAUCCCCAAAGGCUGGAGCAUCAUGUACAGCAUCCGUGACACACACGAGACAGCUGCUGUCUACCACAGCCCCCCCAGCAGCUUUGACCCAGACCGCUUCGGUGCCGGCCGGCCAGAGGCUGCAGGCCGGUUCCACUACAUCCCCUUCGGGGGAGGGGCACGGAGCUGCAUUGGGAAGGAGCUGGCACAGGCCAUCCUCAAGCUGCUGGCCAUUGAGCUGGUCAGCACGGCCCGCUGGGAGCUGGCCACCCCUGGCUACCCCACCAUGCAGACUGUGCCCAUCGUGCACCCUGUCGAUGAUGGGCUGCAGCUCUACUUCCACGCCCUGCAGCCCAGCCAAGGCCACAAGGCCUGA